AUGUAUGGUUCCCGGCGCCCAAGAAGUCCCAGUGAUUCCUGGACAGAAAUGAAGGAUGAUGAGACGAGAGAGAGCAGCUUGAUGGCCGCACCACUGAAUCCACCCAAACGUCGAUGCAUGGAGUGGGAUCCCAGGAUGGGAGCAGAAGCACCCGCAGUUCAAGGAGCUCCGCACCUUGGUUCCUGCCAGCCCCUGGAACUAUCCCAGGAGCAGAAGGAUUCCAGCAUGGAGAUUCUCAUCGUGGUCCUGGAGUCAGGGACAGUCCUCGAGCUGAAACUGGGAGAGGAGGUCUUCAUCCUGGCCCCAAAGACAGCAGCCCUGCAGCUGACCCUUGGCAGCGUGGUCCUCCUGGUUGUCCCCGAGCAUGUCCUGAGGUCGCCAGAUGGUCUGCAGUUCCCUGUGGAGGCCCAGUGCCUCUUGCCCUUCGUUGCUGACAUCACCUGGGAGAUCCAUAUUCAAGAUGGAGACAUCGCGGCCGUGAGAACCGAGCUUGAGCCUGUCCUACCUGCAGGAGAGGAAGAGGCAGCUCCCCCAGACCUCCAGCCCUUGAUGAGACCCCCAGGAAACCAUAUUGGGAUCAGCCCUUCCCUCCUAACAACCCCAUUCUCUAUUCCUCACCAUGUGGUGGCUGUCCCCCAGCGCUAUCCCCUGCCGCCCACACCCAGUCCAGUGAGACUGUCCCGGUCAGCCGACUUCAGCUUCAGUCUGGAAUCCUUGCCCAGCUCUUCCCUCAAACCUUUACCCCCUUCACCAAGUCCAGCGCCCCAAACCUGCCCUAGGGUCUACCGUAGGUCUCCUAGCAGAGCACGAAGAUGUCUCUUCAGGAAAUGA